AUGGGUCUAAGGUCUUACAUGCUGGAGAUCGAGAGUGAUCGCAGGGUCGAGACUCGGGCCAAGAUCUUUCUGACGAUGCUUGAGAAUUAUAGGCGGCAUCGCAAUAGGUGCCGUGAGAUGCAUGAGUGGCUCAGGGCGGGCGCUGACACCCGAUCCCUCGGAGAGGAGUUGGAAAAGCGGGACCAGGAAUUGAUGCAAUCCAUUCGCAGGUGUAGUGAGCUCGAGAAGCUGCUUCGUACCAAGGAUGAAGAACUCAAGUUAGGAAAAGGGGUUGCUGCCGAAUGCAAGCAUCUUCAGGCGAAGGUGUCGUCAUUACAAGACGAACUUGAUCAGAGUGCUGCCAGAGUCGAAAUUCUGAGUGCGGAAUGGAUGGGGAAGUUAUCCGAGCUGGAGAGAAAAGUAGCCGAAUUGGAGAAUGUCGAGAAUGCUCGAGCGUCUGCUUUGGCAAGGGUGGCAGCAUUAGAGGACACUAUCCGCGUCCUCGAAUUUGAGCAGGAGUUCGAGAGGGCAACGGCCACGCAGAGGGAGGCGCGGCUCGAGGAGCGCAUUGGCGAGAUCGACCGGGAGGCCUCAAGCCUUGGGGACCGCAUCGUGGUGCUUGAGGCCGAGAGAGAGCAAUUUUUGGCCCAGGUCGAGUCCGCCUCUGCGACCGUUCCUCGACACUUGCAUGAGCUUUGGGUUCAUGCCGAGGCCCAGCGGGACAUCUACAAGGGUUUGUGGGAGGCGGGCAAUGUUUCUGAGGCCGUUUAUGAAGAAGCCCGGGCGAAGGCACGAGAGGCUCGCGUCAAUUGCGGCUACGACCCUGCGACACUGGAGGCUGGCGAGGAUGCUGAUGUUGAGGAGUUUCCUGAAGACAAUGACGAGGAGGAUGGCGAUGAGUGA